AGUCACUCAAGGUUGCUGAAACGAAAUAGCGGUAGAUUCGACUCCGAACUGACUUGUGUCAGUUUGACUUCUGGUAUCAAAUACAACAUACAAGGUUCCUUUUGGCUACACAUAAAAUUGACAGACGCUGAACGUUCAAAUACUUUUGAACUAUGAGUACACAACUAUCAGAAACUCCUUCAAAAUCACGAAAACCUAGAGAUUCUGCUUUUUUUCAACAAAAACUCCCAGCAUGGCAACCAAUGUUCACUGCUAAAAAAUCUGGAAUAGCUUUCACUGUUUUUGGAAUUGUACUGAUACCUAUUGGUAUUAUAUUACUAACGGCAUCAAAUAAUGUUGUAGAAUAUCUUGUGGACUAUACAGAUUGUACUCAAAAUGGUACUGAAGAGUUAUGCUCUCAAGUAAUUGCCUUGGGGAAACCAUGUGUUUGUGUUAAACAUAUUUCUGUUGAAUCGUCCAUUCCUGGACCUGUUUAUUUAUAUUAUGGUUUAAGCAACUUUUAUCAAAAUCAUCGGCGAUAUGCACGAUCUAAAAAUGAUGAACAGUUGCUUGGUAUUUAUCAAGACCCAAGUGCAUUAGCUUCGUGUAACCCAUACGUAUCAAUUGAGGGUAAACCAAUACUUCCAUGUGGUGCAAUCGCAAACAGUAUAUUUAAUGACACAUUUAUUCUGACAUAUAUACGCAAUGAUAAUACCAAAGUUACUGUCACAACCACAUCAAACGGUAUAGCAUGGCCUUCCGAUGUCAAUCGUAAAUUUGGGACCUUGAAUGCAAACGCUCUCAAUAAUACAAUCAAGCCACCUAAUUGGCCUCAACCAAUUCAAGCUAGAUCUUCAAGUCCAUUUAAAACUGAUGAAGCUCUAAUAGUAUGGAUGAGAAUAGCUGCUUUGCCAAACUUUCGUAAAUUAAGCGCUUUUGUAGUUCAUAAAGAUGAUUUCGCAAAUGGUCUACCCUCAGGAACGUAUGAAAUUGUUAUUAACUACUUUUAUCCAGUUACUUCAUUUGGUGGUAGAAAAACAUUUAUAUUAGCCAAUGCUAGUUGGUUAGGUGGAAAAAAUCCAACACUUGGAAUUAUUUGUUUAAUUACUGGUUCUAUACAUAUAUGCCUUGGUAUAGCAUUCCUUAUUGUGCAUUUUGUAUAUGGUAAACGUCCAAUAUUUCCUUCAUCCGUUUGUUUAAUUCGAUGUGCAAAUUAACUUUCAUAAAAAUACCGGAAGAUCGAGUAAAUGAGUCUAUACGUGAAAAGCUCGUCAAAGUCCACCAGUCUUUUCAUGAUCUCACUUAUCAUUAUAAAAUUAUAUAACAAUACAUUCUAUAGAAGGUAUAAAACAAAAAGGGGUAAACUAUAUUAUUCAUUAUUAUUUUAGAUGUUUAUUGUGAAUAAAUGAGUCCUAAUUGCUUUAUCUUUUAAUCUUUAGGCUGUUGUUGUUUAUUUGUUUAUUAUUUAAGAAAAACAAAACAAUAACACAUAUCAUUUUUAAUGUUUAUUAUUAUUAUUAUUUAUUAUAUAUAUAUUUUUUUAAUUUUUUUUUCUUUUUGGACAAGACAACAGACCCCCCCACCCCCUCCUAUUUCCAGUUGUUUCUAACUGGAAGUUUCUCUUUUUUUCUUUUCUUUUUUUGUUGUCUUAUUUUUAUCUGUAAAAUUAUUUAAUGAAUGUGUACACAAUACUGUACUGUGAAUAAUAACUAAUCAAUGAUUAUAAUAAAACAAAAUGAGAAAAAAAGAACAACACAUAUACUGUUGAAA